AUGUGGGUUGUGCUGGCGUCGGUCUGCGCGCCCUUCGUGUGGGGGUCCUUCGUGGUGGCCAAGGCCUGGUCCUCGACCGGGGUUCCAGUGCGCGGGUGGAAGGGGUUGCGGGUGAAAUGGUUGUGGCCGCUGCCGGCCCUGAAUGAUGAGCAGCCGAGGACCUCGGACGGGUGGUCCCCGCGCGCCGCGGUUCUGGCAAUCCUGCUGCUACCCCUGGGCCUCUUGGGGGUGCUCGUCCAGGACCUGCUAUCCGUGGCGGAGAGGUUCGGGCUUCAUCUGGGGACCGGGGACCAGAUCGUCGUGUUCGAGGGCUAUCACGAGUCCCGGGUGGUGGUCGAGCUGCUCCUGGAGUCCCUGCCCCAGGCGGUGUUCCAGACGGGACUCUACGUCAUAGGGAGCUCGAGGGCGACCCGCAUCUACAUCGACCAGCGCAUAUUCGUGCAGUCAAUCGUGGUGUCGCUCUGCAGUCUGUCUGUGCAUUACUGCACCAUGCUCUGGGAGGCGGUGUACGAGGGCAGGUCGCUGGUCAGGGUGUUCCUGGACCGGUUCGGGAGUGCGGGGCAGCCGACUCUCGUGACGGUGACUUCCCAGCGGAGCGCGGAUGAAGAAGUGGAAGGGUUGAGCCUGAAGUGCUGCGUGGGCGUGUGCUACGAGAAGGGCACGGGCGUGGAGAAGGACGAGGCGCGCGCCGCCGAGCUUUUUGCGAAGGCAGCCCACCAGGGCGACCCACCGGCGCAGCACAGUCUGGGAUGGUGCUACGAAAACGGCAGGGGCGUGGAGAAGGACGUGCCGCGCGCCGCUGAGUUGUACGAAAAGGCCGAAAAGCGGAAGGCACCGGAGCUGCUGGACGCGUUCCCGCUAUCAAGCGCGUGA